UCAUCAUCCUUUAAUCCUUUGUCACUUGGCGAAGGUUAAAUUAAUUUUCUUGGAGGAAUGGCAUCUUAGGGGAAAACCGGCCGCCAACACCUCAGACGUUAACGAGAGACCAACGUUUGUAUAUAAAGAGGAGUCUUCUGCUCUCUGGACAUCAGACCUACAGACGCCUCAGCCUCAUCUGGUGCUUAGGACUUCCAGCAGAAUGAUUGGACAAUCAACUCUUCUCGUGGCAGUAGCCAUCUGUGCCUUAGCAACGGCUCUUCCAGGAAGGCCUUAUGGAGGCGCUGGAGUAGGAGGUGUUGGAGGACUUGGAGGUGUUGGAGGUCUUGGAGGUGUAGGAGGCCUUGGAGGUGUUGGAGGACUCGGAGGUGUUGGAGGACUCGGAGGUGUUGGUGUUGGAGGUGGACAUCUUGGAGGUGUUGGUGUUGGAGGAGGGCACCUUGGUGGACUUAGUGGUGGCCUUGGAGGUGGAGCUUUGGGAGGUGGCCUUGGAGGUGGAGCUUUAGGCGUUGGAGGAUCUUCCUUCAACCCAGCCCACUUCCCAGACCUCGUUCCAGGAUUCCAAUUCCACCAGUCCCAUCCAGGACAGGGAUUCGGUGGCUGCAAAUACUGGUGCCGUAGCUCUUACCAGAACAACUAUUACUGCUGCACAAGGUCCACCUAUGCUGGAUAAGGACCUGGAAUACCCCUCGCGAAAAACAAGUUGUUCCUUCAAGAAUAUAUUUAAUUUAAAUAAAUUAAAAAUUAAUUGUU